CAUAAUGACUGAUGGGACCGAUUUGAAAUAUGCUGCUGUUCGUUCUGUCUUUUUGGUACGCCUUUGCAAAACAAGUAUUAAUGACAGAUGGUGCCUUGAAAAAUUUUCAACAUAGUUUAAGUGAACCAUGUCUCAAAUAUCAGGCAUUUGCUGGAGAGAAUAUUUUUUUCCUAUGUGCACCACCUUCUGUUGAACCAAGAUAUAUUCAGAACACAUCUGGAAAUAAUUUUGCCUGGUUCUUUCAAGACAGAACUGGUCAUAUAAAUGCAAUUAAGUUUAUUGAAGGUUCACCUAUACAGAUGAAAGAAAAUGCACUUUGGUUUUCACCGGUACAAAUAAAGGAUUCUGGAAUUUACAUCUGCAACGCAACAACAUUCAAUUUAAAGAUACGCCUUGUUGUUAAAGAAAAAGAAAACUGUUUGAGAUAUUCUCAAAGUCAGCUCUUUUUAAAAAUCAGCACAAAAAGAACGAUUACCUGUCCUUCACUGAGUUGUCACAAUAAGCAAAAUACGUCAAAUGUUAUAUGGUACAAGGAUUAUAAAAAAGUGACCGAGAGACCAGAAAGAUUUUCUUUAAAAUUAUUAAAUGACAAUAUUAUACUGGAAUAUAUAAUCUAUAGUGACAAAGGAAUAUAUACAUGUGAAUAUACUGUAGAAAUAGAUGGAGAACAAUGGAUAGUAAGAGCAACUAUAAACAUUGAAACUGGGGUUAAUGACACAUGGCAACCUCCCCAUAUUUUAUUUCCCACCAAUGGAAGUACUAUUGAAGCAGAGCUUGAAAAACCUCUUCAACUUAUAUGUAGAGUACAUUUUGGCUAUGAGAGAAUAUUCAAACCAUAUAUAAAAUGGACGAAGCUGGAUUCAGAAUCUAAAGAAAUCCUCCUUGAAGAAACUAACAGAUGUAACAAUGAAAAAGACGUUGAAGGUACACAGUGUUUCCUGACAACCAGGAUAAAUAAAGUUAGUUUAGAGGAACUUAAUGACAUUUAUCGUUGCUAUGCCCAGAAUUCAGUGGGAAAUUCAACAACAGUGAUUAAGCUAGUGCAGAAACACACAGACAUUGUAUUUCUAGUGUAUGUGCUAUCUGUUUCUGUGGCAGUGCUAGUGUUUUCUCUAGCAGGGAGUGGAAUGAUUUAUUUUUACUGGAUUGAAAUUGUGCUAGUUUACAGGAACUAUUUGUCAAAGGAUGAGACUAUUGGGGAUCAUAAGGAUUUUGAUGCUUUUAUAUCCUAUGCAAAGCACAACUGGGAGACUGAUGUGGAGGAUUCCAUGAACAGUUAUAAUGAAGAAAGAUUUGCAACACAGUUGCUGCCAAGUAUACUGGAGGACAAAUAUCAAUAUAAGCUUUGUAUCCUAGAAAGAGACAUUCUUCCAGGAGGAGCUUAUAUUGAAGAUGUUGUUGAAAUGAUAAAAAGGAGCAGGAGAGUGAUUUUUGUACUAUCCCAAGAAUACAUCAGUGGACCAAGUUUGUUUGAAUUGGAAGCAGCGGUCAAGUGCUCCUUAGAAGAAGAAGCACUCAGGUUGAUUCUGGUUAAGUUUAAACCAUUUAAAGUACCUGAGACCAUACCAAAUGUUGUAAAGAAGGCCUUGAAUGCUCUGCCCAUUGUCUGCUGGAAGGAGUGCUCUAAUAAGACUGCAUUUCAUGAAGCUAAGUUCUGGAAUAAGAUCAGAUAUUACAUGCCAGUCCAGCACAGGAAAAGUAAAACAGAAAGCAAUGAAACUGAGAAAACCAGCUUUUGUAAUAAUGGAAAUUCUAUUUUGAUGGAACAGUUCCUAACUUGAUAAACUCAUGGAUCAUGUCAGAAAAGAACAAAGUGGAAGAAUAUGGAAGACAUAAUAAUAUCCGAAUAGAAGAUUCUCUACUAACUAUUGAAAUAACUUCGUCAAGAAAAUAGAUUGUUUACAGAGAAAGCUCAUUUUGCACCCAAGGAAUGGGUUUCAGUAAGCAGUGCCAGCAUGUUAGAAAUUAAUAUGAUUUGCAAUAUUUUGUCCCACAAUUUCCCAUGCAAAAUUGCCUACCUUGAUGUUUUGUGUUAAAUAUAACUGAUGUUAUUACGUUUUGCUAAUAACAGAUAAUUGAAACGCAGAGUUGAAAUAAAGAAUCUUCUUUCACAUUUCAUGUACUUAAAAACAACAAAAAUAAAGUGCUUUAGAGGACAGAUGCCAUUCUGGGACAAUCCUGUGGUGCAGGUAGCUAUAUGCAUAGGAAAACAUUGUGUAAGGAAAACAUUUCAGAAUAUUGCAACCAAUGUUCUGAUUAUAUUUUCUUGAAGUCCAAUAACCUCUUGUUUACUGACAAACAUUCCACAAUCCCCAAGUGAAUAUUCAAAGGCUUUAUUUGAGAUAAUACCUAAUAAUGAAGUCAGGCACUUUGCAAACUUCAUAAAUUAGUUAUAAAAAUAGAGCUGUGUACAAUGAAUCCCGAAUAACACUGCUUCAAUAGUGAAUUACAGUGAUUGUUCUCAAAUGCAUGGAA